GAUUUAUACGACUAGACAAAAUUGAAUGGAAUGAACUCAAACAAGCAAUCAACAAAGCCCAACUAUCUAUACUCAUUCCAUUACCAGAAGACCCUUCCUUAAUAACAGAACAAAUACAAAGAUUAUUUCCUUUCGAACUUCCAAUUACUAACUAUAACAAUACUAAAGGAAUAGUCAUGGCACUUAGAAAAAUCUACUCUUUCUUAUAA